UUACGUUUUUUUCAAAUUAGUAUAUUAAUUUUAUAUUCAAAACAUUUAGUUCUAUGAAAUAUAAUAAUAUGUCUAAUGAAAAGUUUACGGACACAGAAAAGUGUCUGAUAUAUGGAAAUACAUAUUCAAAUUUAUAUAAUGAAAUAAUUGUUUCAGAUGAUAUAACAUCAAAUGAAAUGAAAAAUGUUCUUAAGGGCAAUUAUGUUGAAGUUUUAGAGGAUGAUUUGUUUUUGGAUCUUUACAACGAGUUUGAACAUUUGAGCAAAGCAAAUUUCAGUUCAAAUAUUAUAAAACAUUUAAGUGAUUUCCUACUUUUAAAUCCACUUAAAAACAAUACAAUUUUUACCUUUGGUGUUGCUUGUUAUCAGUUGUUUUUACAAGCAAAUUGGACUGGACCUUUGGUAUCAAAAUUAGAUUUAAAGAGUUGGGGUUCAAGUACUGCAGUUAUAGAAAGCUUAGUUAAUGAUUUAGAUUGUGUAUCAAGAAAAGUAUUGUAUCCUGAGCUCUUAGUAUUUUCAUAUGCAGUUUUUAGUAACRAUCAGAUUAAUUGUUUUACACGAUUUUGGUGGAAAAUACGAAUGCUUUCAACUCUACAAUCAUUAUUAAAUGAAUUAUCAAAUGAUAUAAAAAAUAUGUUUGAAGUGGCUUUUGAAUGUAUGGAAAAUAUUGUUUUGGAAACUGAUGAAGAAGCUUUAUUUAGRAUAGAGCAAUGUAAAAUUUAUCUUUUUCACUAUGGAAAUAUUACGAAAGCCACAACCUGUUUGAACACAGCAAUUAACUUAUUGGGUUUAGAACAUUCACUUGUUGGUGCGAUGGGAAAGAGAACUAAAUUCCAAGUUAAAGAACUUGCCCAAUUAACCCUAAAMGUGAAUUCUCAUGAGAGAGAAAAUAAUACUAAUCUAUUAACCUCACAUGAGUGUUGUGAUUUACCUAAAGAUUGUGUGCUUGAUGAUGAAAAUCGUUUACCAGAUAUCAAGUUUUCUAAUGAAAGUGCUGGUAAAUUUCCUAAAUUAAAUAGUCUUCAACAAGCAGCCAUCUUGAAUACACUUAUGAUGGAACAAAAGUGUAAGCCCAAAGAUGAUCUACAAUUUGAGGAAUUGCAGCCAUAUAUAAGAUGUUUGGUGUCACAAAAAUCUGUAUGGAGUAUUCAUGUUUCAACAUUGCUCCAACGAUCUUUACUAGAAAAGGAUAGUAGGAAGUCUUUGGAACGAGCAAUGCAGCAAAUUGAAAAUUUAGUUAGCAGUUUGGAAGUGCCAAGUCCACUCAAUGUUGAUAGGUUAUAUCUAUUUCAUUGUUCUUUUGUUUCACCAUCUUGGCAACUCAAAGCAUACUUGGGAAAUAUAAUGCUGUCAAUUGGUGCAAUCCAAAGUGCAUUAGAUUGGUUUUUAGCUCUAGACAUGUGGGAGGAAUGUGUUGCUUGUUAUAAUACCCAAGGCCAUAGACAUAAAGCUGCAGUAAUUCUUAAAAAUGAGUUAAAAUCAUCUAACCUAACUGUAGCUAAACAUAUUUUAAUAUUAUGUCUGCUCGGAGAUGCUACUGACGAUGUAUCUCUUUAUGAGGAAGCAUGGACAAUUUCAGGUUAUCGAAGUAGUCGGGCACAAAAACAUUGGGCAUUUUAYUAUUAUACCAGAAAAGAAUAUAAAGAGAGUAUAGAUCACUUCAAAAAUUCCCUAAAGAUAAAUUCUUUACAAGAGAACUUAUGGUUUAGACUUGGUUUUGCAUGUAUGGUUGAAGAACGAUGGUUAGAAGCUGCAGAAGCAUAUAGAAGGUACUGCGACAUUGAGAAUGACUGUUUUGAAGCUUGGAACAAUUUAGCAAAAUGUUACAUUAAAAAUGGUCAAAAAUCAAGAGCUUAUUAUGCACUAAAAGAAGCUGUAAAAUGUAAUUAUGAAAGUUGGAUGGUUUGGGAUAAUUUAAUGGUAGUCAGUGUUGAUUGCGGUUGUUUCGAAGAGGCAAUCAAAUGCUAUCAUAGAUUAUUAGAUUUAAAAAGCAAGCACAUAGAUUUAGAAGUUUUAAGAAUUCUAGUGCAAGCCGUUCAGAAUAAUGUUAAAGAUGAAAACGAUAGGCCAUCAUCAGAGCAUAGGAAAUGUUUACUACAACUUUUUGGAAGACUUACAUCACAAGUACAAAAUGAUGGGGAAAUUUGGAAAUUGUACGCACAUCUCGAAGAUGCUGUAUCAAUACCAAAUAAGGAAACAGCCGAUAAAGUUUUACACCAUUUACAAUGUGCUCAUCGGUUCACUACACAAGGCAACAAGUGGACACAAGAAAAACAUUCUUGUUUAUAUGUCUCUAGAUUAUCAUUAGAACUAGCUGAAGCAUACAUUAGUUGUAGUAACAAAACAGAAAACCAUGACCAAAAAAAACGGUUUCUAUCAUCUGCAAAGAUAAUGCUAGUGUCGGUGGUCUCACAAAUUGAAAAAGAAAAAGAUCUUAUGGAAAAUGAAGACAUAAAGGAAGCAUUUCAAAAAGUAAAAAAUUAUUUAAGCGAAAUCAAACUUCAACUCUCRGCAGAAGUGUAGACAUUUUCUAAAAUUAUACAAACUUUUAUUUUCCUUAUGAAAAUUGCUGUAAUGAUAAUGUUUUUAAUAAGUUAUACCACAAAUCUAUAAUAUUAAGUAUUCUGUAAAAKAUUCAGCAAUUCCAUAAGUCUGAUGAAAAAUACUUUUGAAAAAUCAAAACUAAGAGUAUAUUUUUUAUCUUCAGUAAAAUAUUGAGCCUAAUACAAAAAAAAAAAAUAAAAAACAAUUAUUAGGUAAAUUUGGACACAGGCAUUAUUUUCACUGUAAUCCAACAUUUCUUAAGUGGGCUGGAGUGUUGCAUGUUAUAAAGAAGUAGUUAGACAUUUCAUAUAGAAUUUAUAUUUGAUCUGUAAGAGAAGUAAAUUAAUGUAAGUGUGUGUAAUUUUGUAAAAUUUAUUAUCGAGUUAUAUUUGGUACUGUACUAUGUACAAUAUAUCUUACAAGAGUACUUAUUGACGGCACACUAAUUACAUACAAAUUUCUGCAUGUGCAGGCACAUAAUAUAAUAUCAAUAAUACAGAUUUUAUCAAAUGUGUCAUGCUCUUCAGAUGACAAAAAUGCUGAUAAGCUAUAUAAAAUUGAGAGAUUURGAUUUGAUAGAUUUUAAUUUUGAAAAUUCUGCCAUACAAUUUUGAUAGCUUUUU